AUGUCAGCCACUAGUACCGUUCCUUCAGAUAUAGCAUCCACAUCAGCAUCCACUCCUGCAAUGUCAGCCACUAGUACCGUUCCUUCAGAUAUAGCAUCCACAUCAGCAUCCACUCCUGCAAUGUCAGCCACUAGUACCGUUCCUUCAGAUAUAGCAUCCACAUCAGCAUCCACUCCUGCAAUGUCAGCCACUAGUACUGUUCCUUCAGAUAUAGCAUCCACAUCAGCAUCCACUCCUGAAUAUAUAGCAUCCACAUCAGCCAUCCACUGUUCCUGCAAUGUCAGCCACUCCACUCCUCCAAUGUCAGCCACUACUACUGUUCCUUCAGAUAUAGCAUCCACAUCAGCAUCCACUCCUGCAAUGUCAGCCACUAGUACUGUUCCUUCAGAUAUAGCAUCCACAUCAGCAUCCACUCCUGCAAUGUCAGCCACUAGUACUGUUCCUUCAGAUAUAGCAUCCACAUCAGCAUCCACUCCUGCAAUGUCAGCCACUAGUACCGUUCCUUCAGAUAUAGCAUCCACAUCAGCAUCCACUCCUGCAAUGUCAGCCACUAGUACCGUUCCUUCAGAUAUAGCAUCCACAUCAGCAUCCACUCCUGCAAUGUCAGCCACUAGUACUGUUCCUUCAGAUAUAGCAUCCACAUCAGCAUCCACUCCUGAAUGUCAGCCACUAGUACCUGUUCCUUCAGAUAUAGCAUCCACAUCAGCAUCCACUCCUGCAAUGUCAGCCACUAGUACCGUUCCUUCAGAUAUAGCAUCCACAUCAGAAUCCACUCCUCAGAAUCAUCCACUCCUCAAUGUCAGCCAUAUAGCUGUUCCUUCAGAUAUAGCAUCCACAUCAGCAUCCACUCCUGCAAUGUCAGCCACUAGUACUGUUCCUUCAGAUAUAGCAUCCACAUCAGCAUCCACUCCUGCAAUGUCAGCCACUAGUACUGUUCCUUCAGAUAUAGCAUCCACAUCAGCAUCCACUCCUGCAAUGUCAGCCACUAGUACUGUUCCUUCAGAUAUAGCAUCCACAUCAGCAUCCACUCCUGCAAUGUCCACUAGUACAGUUCCUUCAGAUAUAGCAUCCACAAGCAUCCACUCCUGCAAUGUCAGCCACUAG